UUAACUUGUUUCAUCUCAUCCUGUCCCACAAUAUUCAGGAUGGAGUAGGUGCUAAAAUAGCUGAGAAGAUUGAUGAGUUCUUAUCAACUGGGAAACUACGCAAAUUGGAAAAGAUUCGACAAGAUGAUAAAAGUGCAUCUAUCAAUCUCCUGACACGAGUUACUGGCAUUGGUCCUGCUGCUGCUAGGAAGUUUGUUGAGGAAGGAAUUAAGACUUUGGAAGAUCUAAGAAAAAUUGAGCACAAGUUGACCCAUCACCAGCGAAUUGGGUUGAAAUAUUUUGAAGAUUUUGAGAAAAGAAUCCCAAGGGAAGAAAUGCUGCAAAUGCAGGAAAUCGUGCUGAAUGAGGUAAAGAAGCUGGACCCAAACUAUAUUGCUACAGUCUGUGGCAGUUUUAGACGAGGCGCAGAGUCAAGUGGCGAUAUGGACAUUCUCAUAACCCAUCCAAGUUUCACAUCUGAAUCAUCCAAACAGCCCAAACUUCUGCGUCAAGUUGUAGAACAACUGGAAAAAGUCCACUUUGUCACAGAUAUGCUGUCUAAAGGUGACACCAAAUUCAUGGGUGUCUGUCAGCUGCCAAAUAAAGAAGAUGGGACAGCCUAUCCACACAGAAGAAUUGAUAUCAGGCUUAUCCCCAAAGAUCAGUAUUACUGUGGUGUACUGUAUUUCACAGGAAGUGAUAUAUUCAAUAAGAACAUGAGAGCUCAUGCUCUGGAAAAGGGCUUCACGAUCAAUGAGUACACAAUCCGUCCCCUGGGUGUCACUGGAGUUGCUGGGGAGGCCCUGCCAGUAGAAUGUGAAGAAGACAUCUUUGAUUAUAUUGAGUGGAAAUAUCGAGAGCCAAAGGAUCGGAGUGAAUAACUGCUUCUCUAGGUUUGUAAUCCAGAGAAAGGCUUCCAUAGCUUCUUAUGAAUGUACAAAACGCAUAUGCUUUCUUUGGAUGUUAUUGCAAGCAGUGUACAUUACUGAUGUUUAAAGGAAGUCCAUGGCAGUAGCACAGAAU